UUCCUCUCUCUUUAGAGCACGCCGCUAACCUCUCCUUCUAGAUCGGCGUCAUUGCUCCUCCUUCUUCUGCUCCUUGGAAUGAGCCAUGGCGGUGAGUUCCAGACGCCUCACUGCUCCUCCUCCCUUCAACCUCAAGAUCAAGAGGAUCGCCGUUGCUGCUCCAGCUUCGCUUCCUGCGCAGCAGCAGCAGUUCAGGGUGAGAAGGUUCCUGCCUGGGGUUCGUUGUUGCUGCAAAGAGCCCGAGUUCUUUAAGGUUAGUAAAGGGAAGAGGAAUGCUGCUUCUGAGAAGGGGGAUGAUUGGUGGAGUGAGCCGAGGAAAGGGUCUAGCCCGAGAAGAGUUCGCGCCCGUGCCAUGCCUGCUCUCCCUUUCCCUUCUUCUCGCUCAAAAGGUAUGUCAAAACAACAGGACUUCUACCCUAGGUGCAGUCCAAGAAAUUAUUCUCCUCAGUCUCGUGAUACCCCCCCGAAGAGAGACACUGGUAUUGCUAGUGAGAAGGAUUGGGGGAUCAACUUGCUUGAUGAGCAUGUAAAUGAGGUUGGCACUAAUGAAGAUGGUAGCACUUGGUACCGAGAAAGUGGGGAAGACCUUGGGGAUAAUGGGUAUAGGUGCCGGUGGGCCCGAAUGGGUGGUCGAUCUGCUGAUGGGUCCUCAGAAUGGAAAGAAACUUGGUGGGAGAAAAGUGAUUGGACUGGAUAUAAAGAAUUAGGUGCAGAAAAAUUUGGAAAAAAUGCUGAAGGAGAUUCAUGGUGGGAAACAUGGCAAGAAGUUCUUUACCAGAAUGAAUGGAGCAACCUUGCAAGGAUAGAGAGGAGUGCUCAGAAACAAGCAAAGUCAGGGUCAGGGACAGCUGGAUGGUAUGAGAAAUGGUGGGAGAAGUAUGAUGCUAAAGGUUGGACAGAGAAAGGAGCUCAUAAAUAUGGCAGAUUGAAUGAUCAAUCCUGGUGGGAGAAGUGGGGCGAGCAUUAUGAUGGGAGAGGAUUUGUUCUUAAAUGGACUGAUAAAUGGGCAGAGACAGAGUUGGGGACUAGGUGGGGAGACAAAUGGGAGGAGAAGUUUUUUGCUGGGAUAGGUUCAAGGCAAGGAGAGACAUGGCAUGUAUCACCUGUUGGCGAACGUUGGUCAAGAACGUGGGGAGAAGAACAUUAUGGAAAUGGAAAAGUACACAAAUACGGGAAAAGCACAACAGGAGAAAGUUGGGAUAUUACUGUGGAUGAAGAUACUUACUAUGAGGCCGAACCUCAUUAUGGAUGGGCAGAUGUUGUGGGUGAUUCGACACAAUUGUUAUCAAUACAACCUCGGGAAAGACCACCAGGUGUAUUUCCAACUCUUGAUUUCGGGUUAUCAACACAGGAAAUAGAGGAGACGGAUGAUCCUCCUGAUACGCCUGCAGACACCCAGUGAAAGAACGUAUUUAUGCAGUCCUAAUAUUUUUUGGACUUGAGCUUUGUGCUCAAGGACACCUAUUGUAGGAAAUGUACUCAAUUCAUGUGUUUAAUUCAUUCUUUGAAUUCCUAUUCUUUUGUUUCA